UCCUGGUGUCUCCGCGGCUCCCGCAGGCCCCGCCGCUGCCAUCUUUGUUAGGGGCAGCCGGGCCUGGCGUCUGGAGAUGCCGAAGUCGUGCGCGGCCCGGCAGUGCUGCAACCGCUACAGCAAUCGCAGGAAGCAGCUCACCUUCCACCGGUUCCCGUUCAGCCGGCCCGAGCUGCUGAAGGAAUGGGUGCUGAACAUUGGCCGGGGCAACUUCGAGCCCAAGCAGCACACAGUCAUCUGCUCCGAGCACUUCCGACCCGAGUGCUUCAGCGCCUUUGGGAACCGCAAGAACCUGAAGCACAACGCGGUGCCCACGGUGUUCGCCUUCCAGGGCCCCCCGCAGCUGGUGAGGGAGAACACGGACCCUGCCUGCGGGAGUGCAGAUGCCACCUCUGAGAAGGGACAGGCCCUCCCCGAGCCAGGGGCCAGGGAGUGUGGCCCAGGGAGAGAGACGGACACUACGCUGGAAGGACUGCGGCCGCCCGUGAACGCUGGAGGCCUGGGAGAACAGGUCCCGCCGCCCAGGCCGGGAGCUGCCCAGGCGCCAGGUCAGCAGGCGGGUCCCGCGGUGGGCAGGCCCCUCCCCGUGCAGCCUUCCGACCACAGCUACGCCCUUUUGGACUUGGAUGCCCUGAAAAAAAAACUCUUCCUGACGCUGAAGGAGAACGAGAAGCUGCGCAGGCGCUUGAAGGCCCAGAGGCUGGUGAUACGGCGGAUGUCCAGUCGCCUCCUCCGCGCCCGCAGCGCAGGGCCGCCAGGACUGCAGGCACUGCCCGGGCCAGGGCCGCAAAGCUGAGUCUCCGGGCCAGGACCUUUCAGCCCUGCCAGCCUGACCGCUGACACUUGAGGAGCCCAGCGCCUCCUGGGAGGGGCCAGGCCUUGAGCCGACACUCCGCUUCUCCCGGAGGCGACAGCAGGCCCUUUGGCACCAGCUGGGCUGCGUCCCUGGGACCAUCGCCUGGGAAGCCAUCCUGAGCCGCGGUGUGGCAGAUGCUCCCCCAGCCCGGAGGAAGGGUUUCCUUGAGGGGCAGCAGGGCCAGGGAAGGAUGCCGGCGGGGAGUGGCGAGCUGGCUCUAAGGUGGUGGGAGGGUCCCCUCCUUCGCUGGACAGCUGGCUCUCCCUGUGGUGGUGACCAGCUUCUGUUCUAAGGAGCCCCGCCUGGCCCAGCCAGGGUUGGGCAAACAACGUAAUAAAGUGUCUCCCUGUGCCA